AUGAAGAAAGAUGAGGAGAAAAUUGCGAAAAACAAGAAAAGCAAGAAAAAUGAAGAUCAAUCUGAAGAAACCGACACAUCAAAGACUAUUAGUGACGAUGAUUCUGUAUCGAAAAUGGAAAUAAUUUCACAAUCUAGUGUCGACGAAUUUUAUAAAAAAAAUGAAAUUCAAAUCACUGGUGAUUUAAUCUUUAAACCGAUCAUGUCAUUUACACAAUUGGAAAUAGACGAAAGUAUCAAAAUCGUUUUGAAUAAAUUCGAAAAGCCGACGCCUAUUCAAGCAAGUUGUUGGCCGAUUUGUUUAAGUGGAAGGGAUGUUAUUGGUAUCGCUGAAACUGGUUCUGGAAAGACUCUUGCGUUUACCGUACCAGCUUUGAAACGUAUCAAAAACCUAUUUCACGUACCACCGAACAAUAAACCAUCGAUUCUCGUAAUUGCGCCAACUCGUGAAUUGGCAAUGCAAACACAAGAACAAUGUAAAAAAUUUGAUUCAAUUUGCGGUAUUAAAAGUGUCUGUAUUUAUGGUGGUGUUCCCAAAGAAGAACAACGUAAAGCGUUACGUAAAGGUGUUCAUAUUGCGGUUGCGACUCCUGGUCGUUUGAUUGAUUUGAUUAACGAGGGUAUUUGCGAUAUUAGCAACGUCUCUUAUCUUGUAUUGGACGAAGCGGAUCGUAUGCUUGAUGAGGGUUUUGAAAAGGAAAUUCGACAGAUCAUUGUCAAGACCCAUAAGGAUCGACAAACUGUCAUGUUUUCUGCAACGUGGCCUGAAUCUGUACGUAAAUUGGCUAAUGAUUUCUUGAAUAAGCCCAUGAAAGUUACAAUUGGUUCUCCCAAUUUAUCAGCAAAUAGCAAUGUCACGCAGAUUGUUGAAGUAAUUGAUAAUACCACGGAUAAGGAACGUCGUUUGUUAAAUCUUCUCGAACAAUAUCACAUUAAUAAGAAUAGAAUUUUGGUAUUCGUUCUUUACAAAAAAGAAGCUUCACGUGUCGAAAAUAUGUUGGCACGUAAGGGGUUUGAAGUACUGUCGAUUCAUGGGGAUAAAAGUCAAUUCCAACGCACGGAAGCAUUGAAUGCUUUCAAAGAUGGAAUUUACCCUCUUUUGAUAGCUACGGAUGUCGCUGCUAGAGGUAUAGAUAUUCCCGAUGUGGAAUAUGUGAUUAAUUAUACUUUCCCGUUGACUAUAGAAGAUUAUGUUCAUCGGAUUGGUAGAACUGGACGCGCUGGUUGUAAGGGUAUAUCUCAUACUCUUUUUACUCCACAUGAUAAAGCACAUUCUGGAGAACUCAUCAAUGUUCUACGUCAAGCCAAUCAAAAGGUACCAGAAUCCUUAUUAAAAUUUGGUAGUACCGUUAAAAAGAAGGAACAUAAAGCAUAUGGUGCUUUUUAUAAGGAAGUUGAUCAUAGCUUGAAACCUACAAAAAUUAGAUUUGAAGAUUAA